AUGCCGGCCUCACAACUCAAACGCCUCAAAGCGUCUCUCCGAGAUCAAGGCGUCACCGGUCCUCAGAAAUCCAAGAAGCAAAAGAAGCAGCAAAGCGCCGGCAAGACUGCCACCGAUCGAGUUCAGCGCAAUGCCGCUCUACAGCAAAUACGCGAUUCCUUCAAUCCGUUCGAACUGCGUGCAACCAACGCCCGACCCGAAAAGUUCAAUUCGGCCUCUGCGAAAGAUGCUGCGGUCAACGGCAAGGGCAGAUACAAAGAUGUCUUGCAUCGACCGGGGGUGUCGAAAAGUGCAGGAGAAGAGAUGAGGAGGGCUACACUAUUGCCGGAGAUGCACAGGAGAAACAAAGUCGGCGGACUCUUGGAUCGACGUAUUGGAGAGGGCGAUGUGGACAUGACGCCGGAAGAGAAGGCUGUUCAGAGAUUUGCAAAGGAGAAGGAAAGGAAGGCGAAGGGUAGAAGUCUGUUUGAUCUCGAAGGAAGCGAUGAUGAGGCUGGCAAUGGCUUUGGUGCAGCAUUGACUCAUGGUGGCAGGAGGAUCGAUGAUCUGGCCGCAGACGAUUUUGGAGAAGAGGUUUCUGGAGAGUCUGAGGAUGACGAAGAUGAUGGAGAACUAUUAAGAAGGAAGAGGCGACGAUCUGAUGAGGAUGAGGAAGAAGAAGGGGAGGGCCCUGUCGAUGCAGAAGAGCAACAGCCAGAGCGCAAGAAGACGAAGAAAGAAGUAAUGGAGGAGGUCAUUGCCAAGUCGAAAAUGCACAAGUAUGAGCGACAGAAAGCCAAGGAAGAUGAUGAUGACCUUCGCAUGGAGCUGGAUCAGGGCAUAGGAGAGCUUAUGGGACUGCUUCAGGGUGUGAAGAAACCCACGCCAAAGCAGUCUGAAGAGGCGCCCGCACAUGACAGCAAUGGUCCGGUCGUAAAUUCUGACCGCCAGAGAUUGUUAGAUGGUAUGGACCGCGACAAAGCCGAUAAGGAAUACGAUGUUCGUCUUAAGGAGCUCGCCCGAGACACCAGAGCCAAGCCUUCGGAGAGAAGCAAAACCGCAGAAGAGAAAGCUCAAGAGGAAGCAGAGCGUUUGAAGGUGUUAGAGGAGAAGAGGCUGAAGCGCAUGCGUGGUGAGGAGGUGGAAGAUGAUGUCGCUAGAGAUGAUGUCGGGGACGAUCACGACCUGGAAGGUGACGAAGACAUCCCGGAUGAGGCCGCAGAGUUCGGAUUCACUGCCUCGGUUUCGCAACCUCAAGAACAAAGUCAGCAAGAUGUGCAGCCAGACGAGGACGAGUUCGAUCUGGAUGAAGAUCUCGUUGCUAGCGACGAAGAUGUGGAGCUUAGCGGGGACGAGUCUGAUAACAGUAGUGAUGAUGAAGCCGAGAUCGAUGCACCUGAAGAUGAAGAGGAUGAGUUUGUGAAGGAUAUCCUCGGUCCUCAGACUACUUCCGGCUCCAACGACGUGAAGCUGGGCGAGAAAGGUGCAACAAGUACCGGCUCUGGUCUGGCUUUCACUUAUAACUGUCCGCGAUCCCAUCCGGAGUUGCUGGAACUCGUGCAAGAUCUGCCUCCUGACCAGCUCAUCACCGUCAUUCAACGAAUCCGAGCUUUAUAUCACCCUUCGUUGUCAGCUGCCAACAAGGAGGCCAUGGCGGGCUUCAGCUGUUCUCUGGUGGAUCAUCUUGCGUAUAUGGGCAGAAACAAGCAGCCCAUGGCUGUUGUCGAGCAAAUCAUCAGGCACUUGCAUUCUCUUUCGAGGACAUACCCGACACAAAUCGCGGACCAAUUUCGGCAAAAUCUUGCUUCUUUUCGUGAGCGAGGGCAACCAGAUGCUGGCGACCUGGUCAUUUUAACGGCAAUCGGAAGCAUCUAUCCCACCAGUGACCAUUGGCAUCAAGUGGUAACGCCUGCUGUCACGCUCAUGGCGAGGUGGCUUGGUUUGAACGCUCCGUCCACUGCCAAACAUGCGCCCACCUCGACGCUGAUGACAGGGGCAUUCUUCGUGGCACUUUGCUUGAAGUAUCAAGGCCUCAGCAAGCGCUAUGUCCCGGAGGCUUUGCGGUUCACUCUGCAAGUCCUCAGUACUUCGACCGUGGACAACACAGGGCUUGCGCCCCAUAUUGCAAACCUCAUGGGUAUGGCUGAUCUCUGGCAAGACAAGUCUGCCUUCAUCGAGAUCUUUACACCAGCAUUGGCGGUGCUCAAGAAGCGUCAUGCUAAGAAGCAACACCAAACCCUCACCAUCAUGCUCCAACAGUCUCGCCUCCGACGCCGACCUCUCGAGCUUCAUCACCACCGCAAGCUUCCCAUCCGGACCAGUGUGCCCAAGUUUGAAGAGAACUUCAACCCGGACAAGCAUUACGACCCGGACAAAGAACGCUCGGAUGCGAAGAAACUGGAGAAGGAAUACAAGCGCGAGCGGAAGGGGGCCUUGCGGGAGCUGCGCAAGGACGCAAACUUCAUCGCGAGGGAGCAGCUCAAGGAGAAGAGGACGAGAGACGAGGAGUACGAGAAGAAGUACAGGCGGUUGGUGGCCAGCGUGCAGGCCGAGGAGGGUGCCGAGAGCAAUGCUUACGCCAGGGAGAAGGCGAAGAGGACUGGGAAGCGGUAA